CGUGUAUCUUUUGUUCAUUACGUGGGUAAUGAUUCUUAAAUGUUAGACCAGCUUAGUUGCAUUUGGCAUUAAAAUCUAGCAAAUCAAACGCAAAUACAUUAACUGUCCGCGGAUUUAUUUCGUUAAAAAAUUACAUCAUACUUUUAUUUAAUUCGAGCAUACAUUUGGAACAUAAAUUAUGCCACAAUGUUGCUUUGCUGGUUGCCAUAACCGUACUGAUGAUGGACGAGGCCUAAGUUUCUUCAGGUUUCCUCGUAGAGAUGCUGCUCGAACAGCAUCUUGGAUAAAGGCUUGUGGUCGAAAGGAAUUUGUUCCAUCCCAACACUCACGUGUUUGUUCGCAACAUUUCAAAUACGAUGAUUUUGAACGGGAUAUUCGUUCGGAACUUAUGGUAAUCGGCCAUAAAAGACUGCGUCUAAAAGAAACAGCUGUACCAUGUCCUUCUGUUAUCUUACAAAACGAUACUAAACAAGUGGAAUCAAGCAAAUUGGUAUAUAAUUCGAAAAGAAAAUCCACGAUCAACAGUCAUAUAGAAUAUGAAGCAACACAAGAUAAUUCAGGUCCAUUGUUCUCCGCAUUGGAAAAGGCAUUGUCGAACGAACCUUUGGGCGAGAUGGAGCCCCCAACCAAGAGGCAAUGUUUUGAUGAUGUAUUAGAUUUAAGUCGAAAGUCUAACCAUGUUACUAAUGGCAGUGAAAAACUUUCUAGCAGGAAUGAUGAUGAUGUUAUUAUGCUGAGUGAGGAUGAGGAUGAUCGUCUACUUGGGUCUCUCUGUGAUGAAAUGGAAAAAGAAAACGCUCCCAAGCAAUCACUUCUAUCCAAGUCGCGUGCAUUUCUUUUAAAACUGGAAAAUGAACUUAGAAAUGAAGAAAGUGCAUUGGUUUUGCUUCAGCAGUUACGAGCCAAUCAGCGUUCGCAUGCAUUACAGCCGAAAAGUACAAAAGUCUCAUCAAGUGUAACAAAUACAGUUCGUAAUACACAAUCACCUGUUAACCAAGUUCGGCCAGCUGUCGGCCAAGCUGUGAUUAGAAAUGUACCGUCAACAACUGGUGGUCGUGCAACACUAUCUCCAGCCCAAAACACUACGGCGGUAAAUCCAACAAACGCGACGGCAAUAACGAAAGUAACUAAAGGAAUGGCUAUUCAUGCUCUCGAACAACAAUGUAGUGGUAAAAAAGCAAUGCUUCGGAAGCAGUUAGAGAGAACGCUAGAUAAAGUUGUUCUUCCAAAGCCUGCCAUGGGAAAUGGAUUGUCUGUGGUGCCUUUUGUUCCUAGCACUUUGACAAAUGAGUUUACUGCAAUGAUAGGCCUUGAAGAAAUCGUAACCACCAUACAAGACUUCGACCCAUUGAGCACCGAUAAGAGUUCUGAACAAUCUCGCUUUGUUAACCCAUUCUCAUGUUCACGUUGUGGUACGGACUUCACACCUGUUUGGAAACGCAAACGCCCAGGCUCAUCUGAAGUUGUUUGUGAAGCCUGUAUAGUUGACAGUCAGCGUUCAGUCAUUCAUAAAGCAUACAGUAGUGUUAUUUCAGCUGCACUUAAACAGCACGCUGCUUCAGAACGUGAAAUCGAGCAUGAAUAUCAAGACGUAGUCAAUUCACCAGCUAAGUUGGAAGCUUUUAUUAAAGAACAUGAACGUAAGCUUCUGGUUACUCAACAAGCUCAAGUAGCCCAACAACAGCAGCAACAAAUGCAGCAAGUUGCUUCAGCUACUGGCUUACAUAAUCAAAGGUACCAACAACAACAGCAAGGGUUCCAGUCUCAGAAUGUAUUUAAUACUGCUAGUAGCUCAAGGCAUGGACAAACAAAUGUGGUCAACAGCGCUUCCUCAUCUCAGUUAGGAAUGCCAAAUGUUUCGUCUCGUCGACAAACUACAUCCAAUAACGUUAGCGUCAGUUCUCCUGUUUCCUUACCUAUUCAGCAGCAGGGACAUGUAGCAGGAAAUGUUGUUCAGCAGUUGGCAUCUCGUUACCAACAACUUACAAAAGCGGCUGUUGCUGCAGUUGUUGGUGGUGGUCAAAGUCCGGUUAAUCAUUCUGUUGCUAAUAACGCUGCCACUGCCAACUUGAUGAUGACUGCGGCCGCAAAUCCUAUGCUUGCAGCAGCGGCAGCAGUUUCGGCAACUAAUCAGCAACAGCAAUCGGUCGCCCAACAACAGUUAACUGCUGCAGCAUUGGCACAACAAAGGCUAGCUGCAGUAGCAGCUCUAAACUUCCAGCAUCAACAACCACACCACACACAACCUUCAACUGGAGCUGUAACACCUAAUUCACCCAUUGAUCACUUAGCUCAGUUUACGCAGAUGCAGACAUUAUUAAUGAGCAGUCUCUUGGGAAAUGCAGCUGCUGCUACUGGGGCGCAAGCAACAGCUAAUUCUAGACAACAACAACAGCAAAUAUUGCAGCAUGCACUUUUACAGUACACCUACUUACUACAACAGCAACAAGCUGCUGCAGCUGCACAAGCUCAACAACAACAAAAUCAGCAAGUUAAUGCUGCCGCAUUGCAACAGCUAAUGAGCGGUGCUGCAGCUAAUCCGGCAGCGUGUAUGACCUUGUUACAAAAUUUGUGGGCACUAAAUGCUGCGUCAAACGGUGUUAAAAAGUAGUGUUUUGAUAUCGUAACUUUAUUCCUAAUUUAAUGACUUCACUGUUUUGUGUGUCUAUUUGCUAUUGAUAUCUCUAUAUUUCUAUUAUUUGAUUAGCUCAUGUUUCAGUUUGCUGUGCCUUAGUGACUACAACGCGUACAGCGUACUUUGACAUAAAUCAAUCGUUUAUUCUAGGCUGUUGUUAAAUUUUUUUACAUCAUCUACCGACUAGUUUACUACGUAUACUCAAAUUCUGGUUCUUUAAAACCACUUGUCAUUUCCUUUUUCUACAUUGUACAUAUCUUCAUAAAUUCGUCGUAUUGUUUCAGUUUCAUUUGCUUUAUUACUGAUAUUUUUCUGAUUUUUCGGUGAACAUAUCGUCUUGCAAAUUGUC